AUGCAAUACGACUCUUCAUAAAUAUCAAGCCCAGGCAGCGACUGAAGCCCAGUUGUGCUGGUUUUGGUGUGAAAUCCGAUGUUAUUUGGUUUCGGUCAGCACUUUCUGUGUCGCGGUAAUGGUUUACUCUCAGGCUUUGGGCAUCACGUAUGGAAUGGGUUCACUUUCUGAUGAAGACAGUUUAGCAGAACUCAUGAAAAGGUUCGUUCACCGGUUUACGACUGCUAGCAAGAACUGUAGCGAGAGGCCACUUGAAAGAGCCUGUGAGACACAGUCAACGGACUGUUCUGAUGAGGAGUGGUUUACCUGCUCUGCAGAGAGGGGCUGUAUGUACCUAGAGGAGUUCAUGGAGGAGACCACAUGGCUAGAGUUGGCCAAACAGAUUGAAAUGUGCCUGUCUGCUGCUAAGAAGUGUCGGCUGCAGUGCCAGGAGCUGCUCAUUCCAACACAUCUGAGCCGCAGGAUCGCACGGGAUAUCCUGGGCAUGGCUGCCAGCGAGCCCUGCGGACUGCGCGGAGCUGUCAUUCAUCUCAGUCUGGACAUUGACAGUGUCUGCACACCACUGGGGAAGAUUGCACAGGACAGCAGCGCACCCCCAACCUUUGAACUCACACUGGUUCUCAAAGCGGAGAAGAGCAAGUGCUUCAAUAUCAGUCAUUUCUUUAAUGUGGGCACUUCUCUUCCUCCAGGGACCAACAAAGCCCUAAAACUUAGCACAGGUUUCCGACUGGUGAAAAGAAAACUGUACUCCUCCGAUGUUCCAGUAAUACAGGACUUCUGACAUGUCUGAGUCAUUUCCACAGGAGUUAUGUGCUAUAAAGAUAUGUGCUUUAAUGUGUACUUCAGAUAAGUUCUUCAGAGCACUUUGUUACAUUUAGAAUCGUAUUUUGAUACAGCCAUUACUUUUAAAUACUGAAAAUGACCAAUUGAGUUUAAUGAUGAGAUGCAGGCUGUGAGAUAUUAAGUAUUAAUAUUAACUUACUGCUUGGUUACUAUGAAUGAAAUGAAAGAUGAUGUGAAUGUGGAAAUAGGAAAAUGGAGGAGAGGCAGAUAUUGAAGGAUGUGAGAAAAAUAAGGAUGUUCGAAUGUUUCAGAUAUGAAAACCCUACAUAUUUUGAACAUCUGUUGGCUAAAACACUAAAAAGUGGCAGAAAAAAUGUUCAGUUGCUUAAAUACAAUGACAGUAUAAUGUACAGAAAGUGUAUGUGUGUGUGUAUAUAUAUAUAUAUAUAUAUAUAUAUAUAUAUAUAUAUAUAUAUAUAUAUAUAUAUAUAUAUAUAUAUAUAUAGACACACACACACACACACACACACACACACAAACAAGAGUGAGCUUUUCAAGUGUUCAGUGUAUGCAUGCAUUUUUCUUCAAAUGCAAUGCUACUUCAAAGCUCUUAUUUAUUUCAUUGUUGCAUUAUUUGAAAAAUAAAUGGUUUUAUAUAAUGUGUUCUGUGUGUGUGUGUGAUUGAACCAUGCACAAUGUAAUGUGCUUCUUAAGAAGCUGGAAAGUGUUUUGUUUUGGGAGGUUUACAUUAGGAUCCUAUCUCAUAAUGAAUUGUUUUAUAAUGCUCUCCUUUACUGCUGACAUACAAUCCCAAAGGAAAGUGUGUUUGGGAGGGGUACAUCGCCAUGGUAUUGCAAGAAACCUGAAUGAGGGUUUGAUUUAGUUCAGUAGGAUGCCACUGUGUGUGAAAAGGAGAACUUUCUCAAAGGGCAGAGAACUUGUGUGUGGGGUCUAAUAGGUUUCAAAUACUGAGUGAAACCUUAUCACUGAUCUUUGGUAAAUCUGUUUGUCAAGAGUGCAGUUACCAUCCCCAAAGCAAAGGGCUGCUACCAAACUAUUUAUAGGAGAAUCUCUAGUGUUUACAGCAUUUAGUGGUGCCUCUGCAGCUCUGGAAUGGGUUACCUAGUCAUGUUGCUGAAGGAGACACUUCUUCACCCAGAGCGUGGUGAGGGGACGGAAUGUUGCUGAAGGAGACACUUCACACAGAGGGUGGUGAGGGGAUGGAAUGGGUUACUUAGUCAUGUUGUUUAGACAAAAUCACUUGUAUGCUUUAAGACCCAACUUGACAAAGUUCUGAAAUCAUUCAACUACGAGGAAACGGGCAAGAAUUAGAAUGGCCUCUUGCUCGUAAAUGUUCUUAUGUUUUUCUAUUGAUUUCAUGUUUUUGUAUCAUUUUGUGCAGUGCUUGAAAUGGGAAAAAAUGGCGGUACAAACUCCCUUUCCACCUCUCCCUUUUCACACUUGCAUAUUACACCUAUAUUAAAGCAAAACAAUAAAAAAUAAUAACCUG